AUGGAUGGCGUUUAUGGUAACCGAAUAUACUUUGCUCGUCUAAUUUGUGGUAAAAUCCUUACUCCCCUCAUUUGCACCACCGGGAUUGUCGUCAACAUUAUUAACAUCAUUGUUCUCACUCGAGCAUGGAUGAAAUCCUCCACGAAUGUAUAUCUAACCGCUGUAGCAGCCUCAGAUCUAAUCUACCUCACACAUUCCCUCCUAUUCAGCCUUCAAAUCUACCAGACAUUCUAUAGCAUGUGGAUUUAUAUGCAGGCUGUACCCAUUAUCCAUGGAACUGCCAAUCUUUUUAGCAAUAUUACAACAUGGCUUACAGUUAGCUUUACCAUUGAACGCUUCAUUAACAUUUCCUUCCCCAUCUUUGGCCAUCGUGUGUGCACUCGAGGAAAGGCGAAACGCAUUGUCUGUAUAGUUUGUGUGGUGUCCUUUAUCGUAACAUUUCCGGACUUCCUUCAAAGAAAAGUCACUCCUCCAAUGGAUGCAAAUGGUACAAUUAUUUCCGGUGGAAGGUAUAUUGUCGAAGACUCAGAAUAUCAAAGGGUUUUAACAGCUUUUGGAUAUGCAUUUAUUAAUCAAAUUUCCUUUGUGAUCUUGCCAUUUCUUCUACUGACAGUUUUUAACAUCCUCCUCAUUCGAAAAGGCUUAAAGGCGAAGCAGAAGAGGAGAUGCAUGUCAAAGGAAUAUCAGGAUAGACAUCCAAAGGUCCAGUAUGCUUCCAAGGGUGUGACAAUUGAAAAAUCUUGCUUAAAUGCUAGUGUAGCGGCUGCCCAAAUUCGUAGUAACAGUACUCGAAGAGUCCUUUUCAGUGAACAACAGAGGAUUACAGUUAUGCUCAUUUCAAUCGUGGUGGCUUUUCUAAUCCUCCAAAUUCCCAGCACUGUUCUCAACAUCAUUUCCAAUCUCCUCACCUCGGAGGAGAUUGUUGCAGAUGCCAACUUUCAUUCCCUUAUCAUAGUGUUCUCCAACAUCUCCAAUGUUUUCCUCUUCACCAAUGCCACCAUGAACUUUGUCUUUUAUUCCCUUUUCUCCAUCAAGUUUAGAACUACCUGUAAGUCCCUCUUUGGACGCAGAUGCAUGGCGACAGGCGGUAAAGCUGGAGUGCAUCCAUUUGGCCACCAGGAGAGUCGAAAGAACGGUCUGACUGUUGUGGAGAUGGAGGCGAGGAGAGUGGGAAUCGCCAGAGCGCUUCAAAGACUCUCCAUCUCAUGUGAAGCAACCGUUGAUGUCACCUCGCAAGACGAGGCAGAGUAG